GAUCUGUUGCCUGGCCCUUGUCUUCUGUUGUUACAUUUGGUGUCGCUGCCUACCGACAAAUGAAAAGCCUAUACCCUGCAGUUUUUGAUGGAGACAUAUGGAUCUUCGGGCAGGACUUCAAGGCUUCUGCGCAGUUGAGUGGCGUUCAAGAUCUGUCAGCGAUGGAGCUGCUACUUGAGACGCUGCUGGGAGGUCGGGCGAAAGCAGCAUAUGAAGGUGUGGGCCGAAGUAUGGACGAAUGUUCGACAGGGUCAGGCAAACAGUUUCCAAAGUGGGAAGGACCAUAUAUGGUCACUUCGAGAUGGGGUUACGCAGACACAGUCGCAAUGGCGAACAAUGAGAGGCGCGUGAACGUCAGCGAGCUCCAGAAAUGGAUACAGCGAGACAAGCCAACGAUGACGCCUGCACCAAGUAGAUCAAGCCGACUUCAGUCGCACGUAUUUGACGGGGGGACGAGUGUGGUGAGAGCAGGCUGCUAGCCGAUUGGUUGGCACUAAUCUACGUUAAGGUCUAGGUCACUAAUAUGGGCCGUGAGAAAAUAUGAACAAGCCUGAGUCAACAACCAAUCACAGCAAAGUUAACGUGGCAAAAUAUGAUUCGCAGAGAGAACUCUAUUUGUCAAGGAAUCCCGAAACAACCAAUCAGAAGCCUGCGUUUGUCUACCUAAACAACCAAUCAGAUGACUGCGCUUGUCUAUAAUAAUGUAGUUGAAAGAUGUAUAAAUACGUGUUGAUUUUCAUAAUAAAACGAUCUGUUGCCUGGCCCUUGUCUUCUGUUGUUACAC